UGCGGCGGGGCCCGCCCGCGGCACCGGCGGGAGCUGGGCGGCCCCGAGCUGCGGCGGCUGGCGGCGGCGCUGGCGGCCGGGCUGCGGGAGCGGCCGUGCCUGGGGCUGAGCGCUCCGCAGCUCGGCGUGCCGCUGAGGGUGUUCGCCGCCGAGCUGCCGCCCGCCCGCUGCGCCCGGUACCCGGCGGCGCUGCGCCAGGCGCACCGCAUCGAGCCCUUCCCGCUCCGCGUCCUCGUCAACCCCGCCCUCCGCGUCCUCGACACCCGCCUCGUCACCGGCCCCGAGGGCUGCGCCAGCAUCCACGGCUUCUCCGCCUACGUCCCGCGGCACUGGGCCGUCCAUGUCUCCGGUGUGGACGAGCUGGGGGUGCCGGUGAGCUGGGAGGCGUCGGGCUGGGCCGCGCGGAUCAUCCAGCACGAGAUGGACCACCUGGAUGGGAUCCUCUACAUCGACCGCAUGGACCCCCGCACCUUCACCAACGUGGGCUGGAUGGAGCUGCUGGACUGAGCCCGGGGAAGAAACCAGCGUUCUUUCUUCUCUGGGGCUUCCCCUCAGCUUUAUUGCAGCAAUACAGACCUGUGGCCUCA